CCCAUCUCCUAAAGCCGGUCCACGUGUUUCGGACUAAAAAUUUCCUAUAAAAAUCUAACAACUGCGCAGUGAAACAUUUUUGAUUUACUCACAACUUUCGGAAUUCUGUAUAUAUUUCUCCAAGCAGGUACUUUCAACUUGCAUUUAGCUUCAAAAAGUGAACUAAGAAUAAUUUUCCCACUGUUCGAAUAAAAAAAAAAAAUACUGGGUUUUCGGAAUAAGACUAUACGAGAAUCUUUGGUCCGAAUAAUAAAUCCUUACAAUAUCCUUUUGUACACUUCAGUCAUACGUUGGAUUUACAUCGUACCGCAACACCCAAAAAAGAGGACUAAGAGUGUUAAGAAAAAAUAAAAAAAAGUCGCCCUAGGGAAAACCAAAAAAAAACUAGCCAGAGUGCAAUUGCAAAGGAAUUAACAGUUUUUUUUUUUUAUUUUCAAAUUUUUGACAGAAAAAAAAAAUAGUCCUCAAUAAGGGUCGGAUAAUCGGUGAUAUUCGAUAUCAUUUUCACCCGUAAGACGUGGUCUUGUGAACGGAUAAGUGAAUUAAAAAAUUUAAGGACAUUCUGAAAUGUCCUCCCAUUCCAGUGUACCAGUGAAUUAUUAAUAUCCUCCCACCACCGCUACCUUUCUCGAAACGGGUCAGCAAUCCAAUAAAGUUGUCCCCAGUGCUAACCCACACCAAAGCAACAAAAAAAUAGAAAAAAAAAAAAAAAAAUAGAAAACCUAGAGAGGAAAUCGAAGUCGAGUAACAUCUGCUUCCGUGUUAAUCCUUGAUCAAUAGAUAGAUAUAGGGCUCUCCAAAUAGAAAGAAAAACGAAAAAAAUAAAAAAAAAAUAAAGAAAAAAAUUGGAAAUAGUGCAGAAUACUGUUCUCGUGUGUCCUUGUCCCGUUUUGCAUGAUUUGACAACACACCUGGCAUUGCUCUUCCACCUUCAUCAUCAUCACCACCUCCACCAUCACCGCCGCCGCCGCCAUAUCACUCGUCAAAUGCAAUACGAUGAAUGAAUGAGUUGGCAGCCUUUGCAUUUGCACCCUUCAUCAUCGACCACCACCAUCAGGAUUCUGCAGCAGGUUGCUGCUCCUGAGCUGCCAUAGCCGUCAGUCAUUUGAGUAGCAUCAGGUCCUGCUAUAUAGUGCACAUUCUGCUGUGCACUAACCACCCUCAAUAUGCAUCAAAGGACGACACCUGGUCUGCUCACAUGUACUGCAAUUGUACUCCUUUGUAGUUCCGGAAUAAAAGCAAGCUGGGAGGAAUGGUGGACGUAUGAUGGUAUUUCCGGACCUAGUUUUUGGGGCCUUAUAAAUCCACAAUGGAAUAUGUGUAAUAAAGGACACCGUCAGUCGCCUAUAGAUGUAGUUCCAGAUAAAUUAUUAUUCGAUCCGUAUUUGCGGCCUUUGCACGUCGAUAAGCACAAGGUUUCAGGUACACUACACAAUACUGGCCAAUCGUUGGUCUUCCGUGUCGACAAAGACACAAAACAGCAUGUGAACAUCUCUGGUGGCCCACUUGCUUAUAAGUACCAAUUCGAAGAGAUUUAUAUUCAUUAUGGUACAGAAAAUAGCAAAGGAUCUGAACAUUAUAUACAAGGAUACAGUUUUCCUGGUGAGAUCCAAAUCUAUGGAUUCAACAAAGAACUGUACCACAAUAUGUCCGAGGCACAACACAAAUCACAAGGUAUCGUUGGCCUGUCACUGAUGGUUCAAAUAGGUGAAACUCCAAAUCCUGAGCUUAGAAUUAUAACAAGUACUUUUAACAAGGUGCUUUUUAGAGGAUUCUCAACACCAAUUAGACACAUUUCAAUACGCUCUCUGCUGCCAAACACAGAUCAUUUCAUAACCUAUGAAGGAUCAACAACACAUCCUGGUUGCUGGGAGAGUACAGUGUGGAUAAUUGUUAAUAAACCAAUUUACAUAACAAAACAGGAGUUGUAUCAGCUUAGGCGACUAAUGCAAGGAUCUGAGAAUACACCAAAAGCUCCAUUAGGCAAUAAUGCGAGACCGGUGCAGGGGUUACACCAUAGAACAAUAAGAACUAAUAUAGAUUUUAAGAAAUCAAAGCAAAAUCAAAAUUCGUGCCCAUCGAUGUACAAGGAUAUGUAUUAUCGGGCGAAUCGAUGGUCGCCAGAUAGUGGACUGAUGAUUCGUUGACCCAACGCUUUAUAUGAUUUCGGCUCUGUUUUGAGUGCAAUUAAUCUAUAGAUCCUAGAAGAAAUCCUUAUAUAAAAAAAUAUAAUUCCAAUAAGUUUAAUUAUAUUUAUUUAAUAAGUUUUUUUUUUAAUUAAUUCUAAAAUUAAAAAGAAAAA